AUGGCCGCCCGUCCACUCACACUGCGCGACCGUCAAAUAAGUACCAUUGAACGCAUCCUGAGCUUGAAUCACGAAGAUACCUCCUCCUCCGUCCCAAGCAUCGAUGCUCCAAGCAGUCCCCAAGCCACAUCCCUGCUGGGUGAAAAUGGAGAGCCAAUAUGGAAGGUUCUUGUUUUCGAUAAUCUUGGGAGGGACAUCAUCAGCAGCGUCCUGAGAGUCAAUGAUCUGCGGGCAAAGGGCGUCACCAUUCACCUUAACAUAAACUCCCCUCGCUAUCCUAUACCCGACGUCCCAGUGCUCUACCUUCUCGAGCCGACCUCACUGAAUAUUCAGCUGAUAUGUUCCGAUCUUGCGCGAGGUCUCUACACACCCGCCUACAUAAAUUUCACAUCUUCCAUCACACGCCCUUUGUUAGAAGAACUCGCCGCUGAAAUAGCAUCUACCAAUACCUCUGAUGCAAUUGCGCAAGUUUACGACCAAUAUCUGAAUUUCAUCGUUGCAGAACCGGAUCUUUUUAGCUUGGGCAUGGGUAAAGAGUCAUACUGGACAUUUAAUAGCCCUACUGUCGGCGAAGACAUUCAAGAUGCCGCAAUUGACAAGAUCGUUAGCGGACUGUUUAGCGUCAGUGUGACAAUGGGCUCGGUCCCUGUGAUAAGGUGUCCGCAAUCCGAGUUGGCAAAGAUGAUUGCUACCAAACUCGAUCGAAAACUCCGAGAUCAUGUCCUCAACUCCAAAGACAAUCUCUUCUCCCCCAAAUCCGCCAAUGUCUACUCGACCCCUUCACGACCCGUUUUGAUCAUUUUAGAUCGAAAUGUGGACCUUGUACCAAUGCUAUCACACUCCUGGACUUACCAAUCGCUCGUCCAUGAUGUCCUCAAAAUGCACUUGAACCGCAUCACGGUGGAUGUUGCCGACGAAACCAAUCCCACAGCCCAACCUCGAGCCUACGAUCUCAACGCGAGUGAUUUCUUCUGGGCUCGAAAUGCAAGCGCCCCAUUUCCUCAAGUGGCUGAAGAUAUUGACGCGGAACUUACAAAGUAUAAAACAGAUGCAGAAGAAAUAACCAAAAAGACGGGUGUGAAUAGCAUCGAAGAUCUGAAUGACAAUUCUGCCUCCGCAGCCCACCUCAAGGCGGCAAUAACAUUACUGCCAGAAUUGAGAGAGCGGAAAGCCACCCUUGAUAUGCACAUGAACAUAGCCACAGCCUUGCUAAAAGGCAUCAAGGAUCGACAGCUGGACAAUUAUUUCCAGUUGGAGGAGAGUAUCACAAAACAGACUACAGAACAAAUGCUGGCACUCAUCAAUUCCACCGAUAAAGGCAACAACGCCUUGGACAAGCUACGAAUAUUCAUCAUUUGGUAUCUUAGCGUCGAUAAAGAGCCUACCAAAUCUGAGCUACAGGAAUUUGAAACUGCAUUAAAUACAGCCGGAGUGGGCGACUCAAUCGCAGCCAUCAAACAUAUUUCGAAUGUCCGCCUUGAGACUCGAGGAACAAUGAUGGCCUCAACAGUUUCCACAUCUCAGCCCACACAAGUCCCCUUAUUCGGCGGCCUGUCCUCAUUAUCCAAGAACUUUACUGACAAGCUGUCCUCCUCGACUUUUGGCAACGUCAAUCUUGAUGCACUCGUUUCUGGUGUGAAAAACUUCCUCCCGGCAAAUCGAGACCUGACAGUGACAAAAAUCGUCGAAUCGAUUAUGGAUCCUCCAGCGGCAUCUUCAUCAGCAAUUGCAAAGACAGAGAAUUACCUGUACUUUGAUCCACGGAGCGCCCACGCGCGUGGCACGACAGGAAAUAGUGCAGCAAACCCACCAUCACGGUCCGGUCCCCAACAAGGGGCCGGUGUGAACCCUAGUUUUGGCCAAAGACGCCAGGGGUAUUCAGAAGCCAUCGUCUUCACUGUCGGAGGCGGCAGCAUGGACGAGUACGGCAAUUUGCAGGAGUGGGUGAAAAGGACCACUGGACAGGGUGCAGCUGGAUCUGGUGCAGGCGGUGCACCUCGCAAUCGCAGGGUCGUGUAUGGAUCGACAGAGUUGGUGAAUGGCGAAGACUUUUUGAACGAGCUCGUGAGGUUGGGCGGCGAGGGUUGA